UGCAUUCCAAGUGCGACGUGUGGUGAUUACGUUCGGUGUGUGUCCUCUCGGUCGGUCGGUUUCUGCUGUGCAGUGUGCUGCAGUGUCGUCUCCCUAUAUUCUAUCUUAUAUCGUUGGCUGCUGUUCGGUUCUUGAUUUGCCGCAUUACGACGACGGUCUAGCCCAGGGUAGUGUAGCGCUGUCUAUCUAUCUGUCUGUCUAUUUGGAUUGUGAAACCACCAGCAAGCAAAAGAGUAUACACGAGAAACGGACCAAAAGCAACUGAGCGAGCAGUGAGUGAGCAGAAAGGAAGAAAUAGAAGUUAAUAUUAUUCUUUUUUUCUGUCGUUUUUUUUCCCUCAAUCAUUCCUUUUCCUACGUCUGUGUGCAUCGGUGUACGUGUGCAUAUUUCGCAGUCGAUGUGUACGAAAAAGUGGAUUGUACAGUGGAAAAAAUAAAUACCUACAUACAAAUAAGCAGCGAAAUCACAUCGGAUUUGUGCGAUUAAUAAUCAGCUCCGGCAAAAAAAAGUGAUCGUGAUAAGAAGAGCAAAACCACGUGGAGUAAGAAACCUGGCGAAAAAAGAAAAAGUGCAUACAUAAGAAGCAGAGAGAGAAAAACGAGUGCCCGUGCCGUGCAGUCGUAGCAGAAAUCCGAUAAAUUAUCUGCGUGAUUUAGGGAAGCUGCGAGAAAGCGAAUUGAAGUGUAUUUUUUCUGAUUCGUACUAGUGUGCCAACCAACCAACCAACCAACCAAUCAACCUAACCAGCCAGUCAGUACUGUUGCCGGUUUUGUGGUCCCCCUUUUAGUGCAAGUUUUUAUUGUUGUUACUGUUGCUGCCACUGUUGCUGUUGCAUCGGUCGCUGGUCUUUGGUGGAAUUCUUUACAAAAGGAUUUCUGCCUGCCGGAGCCCGACGAGGUCCAUCGACGACGACGACGACGACGACUACGUCGCGUUUUGCUAGCGGAAGGAGGUGCUGUCUGGAAAGCAACAUUCGACAACAUGGAAGCGGUUGCCAAGCACGACUUUAAUGCCACAGCCGACGAUGAGCUGAGCUUCCGGAAGAACCAGGUUUUAAAGAUUCUAAAUAUGGAAGACGACAUGAAUUGGUACCGAGCGGAGCUGGAUGGGAAGGAAGGACUGAUACCAAGCAAUUACAUAGAGAUGAAAAAUCACGAUUGGUACUACGGUCGUAUCACCCGAGCCGACGCCGAGAAACUCCUGUCCAACAAACACGAGGGUGCAUUCCUGAUACGUAUCAGCGAGUCCAGUCCGGGCGAUUUCAGCCUCUCGGUCAAGUGUUCCGACGGGGUGCAACACUUCAAGGUACUCCGCGAUGCACAGGGCAAAUUUUUCCUCUGGGUGGUCAAAUUCAGCUCGCUGAACGAACUCGUCGACUACCAUCGGACCGCCAGCGUAUCCCGCUCGCAGGAGGUCAAACUGCGCGACAUGGUGCCGGAGGAGAUGCUGGUGCAGGCCCUGUACGAUUUCGUCGCGCAAGAAUCCGGCGAGCUGGACUUCCGACGAGGGGACGUCAUCACCGUCACCGACCGCUCCGACGAGCACUGGUGGAACGGCGAAAUCGGCAACCGAAAAGGUCUAUUCCCAGCAAUAUACGUAGCGCCCUACCAUUCAUAAGAUAUAAGUAUAUUAUUAUUUUUUGCUAUAUAAAUAUUAUAUAUUUUUAAUGUUUAACUGAAACACAAAAACAAAAAAGUGGUGAAAAAAAAACUAACAAAAUAAAAGAUCCAAUCACACACACGAGGCAGGGCGGAGAGGGUGGGUUCGUAAGCAACCAACCCCCCUUGAUUACGGCCCUGCCGGAAGCCAAUAAAAUACGCGAUACGGCGAACAGAGAAUGGGCGCGCGUGCGAGAGAGUGCAGAAGGAUGCGAAGCGUCUAGAUGUUUGGACGCAGUGUGUAUUGUGUAAGAAUGAUGUAAAAAUUGUCGAGAUAAAUAUUGAGGAACAAUACUAUUUGCCCCCUCGGGUCAGGAGAACAGAACAGAACAGAACAGGCACCAGAGUACACAGACACCAGAGAGCGUGCGGGGACAAAAUCUUAAAUAUACGCGGAAUCAAAAGAAAUCAAAUUCAGGUGUUUACCGGUUAGGUUGAAUAACUUUCAAUAGUUUUUUUUAGAAGAUAAUAAUGAAGAAGAAACAAAACACCCAAAACAAGAAUUGAAACACAAAAGAAAACACCAGAAUAAAGUUUACCCAAAUUGCAACCAAUUGCGUACCGGAGAUAAUCGAACGAUGUUUGCGGAAUACACAAAAUAACGAAUGAAAUGAAACUAAUGUUUAUAGUUUUUUUCUUGUUUUUAUGUCGUAAAAACUCACGUCUUGAUGAGCGACUCUGUUUCAACGUUCUCGUUUAAUUUUUUCGUUUUUUUUUUGUAAUUAUUUUAUGUAGACGCGUUUAAGUCUUUCUAAUGAGUAUAACAUAAACCAUGUAGAAACAAAUUUCGUCUAAUUUCUUCUUUCUCGCAAAGGAUACGCAGUUUUUGUCAUUAUGUGUAAUAGCUUUUAAGUGUAAACAGUCACACAAAACAAAAGAGAAUGUAGACCUUCGACCCGUACACACACAAUCUCCGUUUUCCAUUUUUUUACAUUACAACAACGGAAAAUCCUUUUUACACAAACACAAUCCCUGCAGCAGCAACUGCAGCAGUAGUUUCUUAGUCUCUUAACAACAUUUUAUCUGUUACAGAUAACGUGAAAACUCAGACACACGAAUAGAAAAACGAUUAUAUAUUAAACGAAGCAAAACAAUAAUUUGUAAACCGGACAGGUAAGGCAUCCCCCUAUCUAACUAGUGCAUUUUAAGUGGACUAGAGAAGAUUAUGUAAUAUCCUCAAACAGAAUAAAUACAAGCCAUUUUUAAGUGCAGUGCUGUAAAGUACCGUUUGUAGGACAAGAGAGAACCAUAACAUAAAGGCAUUAAACGGGCUGUAACAACCGAGUAUAAGGCGGUACGAACCUCAAGCAGGUGCUUAUCAUUUUCUUUCUUGCCGGAAGAAGAAGCUCACUUCGCAAACACAAGGGUCCUUCCUGUGUUUAGCCUCAUCGUAUGUAGAUGUAUGUAUGUGUGGGUAGAGGUACGUGUUUUUGCACAUGAAAGGAACUAUUCAUUAGCUCAUUUCACUAAACGCUGUCGGUUUCCGGUGAGAGUAGCAAGAAAAGAAGUACCUACCUAACCGGAAAAACGUAGUAAAUUGACACUCUAAAAUAUUUCCUCCGACGCGGACGGAUGGACGGACGGUUGGAUGGGAAACGUCACGUAGAUUACUCCCGCCGGUAGUACGCAGUGUCAACAAACACGACGCAGCAUUCGUUGGCCACGAAUACGUGUUCUCUCUAUCCAUGUAGGAAGAAAUGUGAAGAAAGUGAGAUAAUUAGAUGCGUUAGAAAUAAAAACAUACAACCUGCAGACAACUAUUACUAUAUAUACAUUAAUAAGAUUAUUGAACAAAACAAACAAAAUAAACAAACACAUAGACACAAAUACACACAUCCACACACACUCACACAAAACAAGCUACAACACUUUUACAAUAGCAACAAGAAGCAGAAACAUGAAUGAAUAAAUGCUAGCAAUUAUUGAAAUAAAAAUAAUAUUACAAAUAAAAAGAAUGCGAUU